UAUGGGUGCUGUCAUGGCGGCUACCUGCUGGUGUUAGAAAAACGUUUCAGAGUGUGUCUUCUGGAAGCUGCUGCAGGUGGUUUUGGGUGGUAUUAUUUUCUUUAAUAGUUUGCCAGCUACGGUACCGGUUGGAGUCACCGGCAACAUGGCGUCUACAGCGGCGGGAAAGCAGCGCAUCCCGAAGGUGGCGAAGGUGAAGAAUAAAGCUCCUGCAGAGGUUCAGAUCACCGCUGAGCAGCUGCUCAGAGAGGCCAAAGAGAGGGAGCUCGAGCUUCUGCCUCCUCCACCCAAACAGAAGAUCACUGAUAAGGAGGAGCUCAAUGACUACAAGCUGAAGAAGAGGAAGGGCUUUGAAGACAACAUCAGGAAGAACCGGACCGUCAUCAGUAACUGGAUUAAAUACGCACAAUGGGAGGAAAGCCUGAAGGAGAUCCAGAGAGCUCGGUCCAUCUACGAGCGAGCGCUGGACGUCGAUCACAGAAACAUCACUCUGUGGCUGAAGUACGCAGAGAUGGAGAUGAAGAGCCGCCAGGUGAACCACGCCCGCAACAUCUGGGACAGAGCCAUCACCAUCCUGCCCCGGGUCAACCAGUUCUGGUACAAAUACACCUACAUGGAGGAGAUGCUGGGCAACGUGGCCGGCUGCAGGCAGGUGUUUGAGCGCUGGAUGGAGUGGGAGCCGGAGGAGCAGGCCUGGCACUCCUACAUCAACUUUGAGCUGCGCUAUAAGGAAGUGGACAAAGCCCGGAGCAUCUAUGAGCGAUUCGUCAUGGUCCACCCCGAGGUGAAGAACUGGAUCAAGUACGCUCGCUUCGAGGAGAAGCACGGCUACGUGGCGCACAGCAGGAAGGUGUACGAGCGAGCCGUGGAGUUCUUUGGGGAGGAAUACGUGGACGAGAAUCUGUUUGUGGCCUUCGCCAGGUUCGAGGAGACCCAGAAGGAGUUUGAGCGGGUCCGAGUCAUCUACAAGUACGCCCUGGACAGGAUCCCCAAGCAUCAGGCGCAGGAGCUCUUCAAGAACUACACCAUGUUUGAGAAGAAGUUCGGAGACCGCAGAGGAAUCGAGGACGUCAUCGUCAGCAAGAGAAGGUUCCAGUACGAAGAGGAGGUCAAGGCAAACCCACACAACUACGACGCGUGGUUCGAUUACCUGCGCCUGGUGGAGAGCGACACGGACGCCGACACGGUGAGGGAGAUCUACGAGAGAGCCAUCGCCAACGUGCCGCCCAUCCAGGAGAAGAGACACUGGAGGCGCUACGUCUACCUGUGGAUCAACUACGCCCUGUACGAGGAGCUGGAGACCAGGGACCCUGAGAGGACGAGGCAGGUCUACCAGGCGUGUCUGGAGCUCAUCCCUCACAAGAAGUUCACGUUCGCAAAGAUCUGGCUGCUCUUUGCCCAGUUUGAGAUCCGACAGAAGAACCUGCCAGGAGCCAGAAAGAUCAUGGGCUCGGCCAUCGGGAAAUGUCCCAAGAACAAGCUGCUGAAGGGCUACAUCGAGCUGGAGCUGCAGCUGCGAGAGUUCGACCGCUGCAGGAAGCUGUAUGAGAAGUACCUGGAGUUCAGCCCGGAGAACUGCACCACCUGGAUCAAGUUCGCCGAGCUGGAGACCAUCCUGGGCGACGUGGAGCGAGCCCGCGCCAUCUUUGAGCUCGCCAUCAGCCAGCCCAGACUGGACAUGCCUGAGGUCCUCUGGAAGUCCUACAUCGACUUUGAGAUCGAGCAGGAGCAGUUUGAGAACACGAGGAACCUCUACAAGAGGCUGCUGCAGCGCACGCAGCACGUCAAGGUCUGGAUCAGUUACACCAAGUUCGAGCUGUCGGUGGACGGACCCGACCGGCUGCAGCGCAGCCGCCAGACCUACGAAGACGCCAACAAGAGCAUGAGGAGCUGCGAGGAGAAGGAGGAGCGACUGAUGCUGCUCGAGUCCUGGAGGGACUUUGAGAGGGAGUUUGGCUCCGACGGCACCAGGGAGCGGGUCCGGAAGCUGCUGCCGGAGAAGGUGAAGAAGAGGAGGAAGCUGACGGCCGAAGACGGGUCGGACGCCGGCUGGGAGGAAUACUACGACUACAUCUUCCCUGAGGACGCCGCCAACCAGCCCAACCUCAAGCUGCUCGCCAUGGCCAAGAUGUGGAAGAGGCAGCAGGCCAAGGACGACGAAGAGGAGGAGGAGGAGGAAGAGGAGCAUCCUGCAAACCCUUCAGAGGAGGAAGAGCGCUCUGAGGAACCGGCAGCGGCUCCUGACAAACCACCGGAGGGCGAGGCCCAGAUGGAGAAAACGUACGACGACCGAGACGACAGCAGCAGCAGCGAGAGUGAGGAAGAGGAUGGAGGGAAGAAGCAGAGCAGUGAGGAAGACAAAGACUAGACGUUUCUGUAUCAGACACGACUCAGACUCAGUUUCUGAAACAGAUGUUCAUUAGAAUUUACAGCAAAUUAAAUGUUGAAACAUUUUGUA